AAGAAAGGGAGUAUCUGAGAGUUUCAAUUCUUUACAUCUUCAUAUUUUUCAACCUCAAGAUUGACUUGGUCCAAAAAAUUAAUAAUUUAGAAGACCCUAAGAAAAUAAUCAAUUUAUCGGCAACAUUUUGAGGUCUAGUAAAGAUGUGUCAUAAUUCCCUUCUUCUUGCAUCCAUACUUUCAUUGAUAUACAUAACCUCCUGUAGCCCCAGAGUACCAGAAAAUACUUCAAAAUCAGAAGCCAGCCAAUCUACAGUCGAUAUAGAAAAUCUAAAUGACCCAGUGAUCGCCCCUCUUCUGAAUCCAGAUGACGCAGAUUACGAUAAGAGAGAGUGGACGGAAAUGCGUGGCAUGUGGGGCAAGCGAGGCUGGAACAACCUCAAUAACAUGUGGGGCAAAAGAGACUGGAACAAAUUAAACAACAUGUGGGGUAAACGAGAAACUGGUGAUAUACCUCCUUAUUGGGGCAAACGCGACUGGAACAAGCUUUCUAAUGUCUGGGGAAAGCGUGGAUGGAACAACCUCAACAACAUGUGGGGUAAACGAGGCUGGAAUAACUUGUCCAAUGUCUGGGGUAAGAGAACAACUGACAAAGACGAUGGCAGCAAGAGAACUACUCAAUGGAACAACCUUAGAAGCAUGUGGGGCAAACGAGCAGCUGAUUGGGAUAUCCCUACUGUUUGGGAUAAAAUUCCAGCAGAUGAAACCCUCCAAGGAUUAUACCUCCCAGAUCAGAUGUGAAGUCUUAGAGGAAAGCAGCCAUCUGAUGUGUCGUCCAUGCGUCAUGCGGCAUAAUGUUUUGUGGUUACAAACUUUAGAUGUUUAAAUUCUGUUUACAUACAACAUGUGUAUAACCUAUAAUCCUCAUGAAGUAUUUAUGUCCCUUAUUUUACCUUUUAUAGUUAACUUAUUUGAAAAUAAAAUACUAAAUUAGUAGUCUAAACAUGUUUUAAAUUCAAUUCAAUUUAUUUACCUAAAUAAAAGAUUAAAAUAAUAAUGGAAGGAAAAAUCUUUAUUACAAACAGCUAAAAAAUAUUAAGAACCAUACAAUUAUUAUAAAAGUGGCACAAUAGAUUUUAUUAAAUUUAUGAUACCUUUGUAAUUAUGGCACUUAGUGCUGCUUUAUUUCCUUACAUUAAAAAGUACCAAUAUUAUAUUAUUAUAGUUCUUACAAGUGAAACAUCUCAAGUGUUGUUAGUCAUUGGAGCUGAGGAUUUCACGCAAAUAGAUUAUUUUUCCAUAUAUUAUUUUUGUUAUUGAAAAUGAAUGCACAGAUUAUUUUGUUCAUUUCAAAGUGGUUUUUAAAGUUAUUUAAAUCUCUAAAUUUUACUUAAACUGUAUCUCAAACUUUUUCCUACAAUGUUGAUUUAAAAGUUUUGUUUUAAUCUUGGCAUCAGACGUAAAAAAGUAAGAAUGUAAAAGAAUACAAAUAUAUAAUAUAAGAAAUAUAGAGGUGAAUAUAAUGGAAACAUACAUUAUAGAUCUAAGAUUAAAAUAAAACAUUAAUAGAUGAGGUACAGCAGAAUAAACUUAGAUAUAUCUUAGAUAACUUAGAUAAACUUAGAUUUGUUAACUAUUCCCCAGUUUUUCAAUAGUUUAAAUUUGAAACAUAAAGAAACAUUCUUUGAAUUCCUGAGUUUAUUUAAAGGAAAAGGCAUAAAUAAUUUGAAAAAAUAUCUAAACAUGAUAUGGAAGUAAAGUUUUAUCCACUCUUUGUACUUAGUUCAAAUUAAAAAAACAAAAAAAUAGCACUUCCGCAAAUAAUAAAUAAGGCUUUAUUUUACCACUGUUAUGCUUCCGUGGUUACAUACUAUACAAACAAUGUUAAGAACUGGAGUUCGUUCACCAGUGGCGGUUUGAAGUUCACCCAGCCUCAGAUCCAUGGGUAUUAGCUUUUCUGGGAAGUAAAGAUGGCCUGUGAGCAAUGCUGACCACAAAGCCACAAUCAUGCCAUUGGUCACGGUAUUGUGAACUCUUAACCUCCAGGACCCCUAGUUCACAUAAGGUUGUUGUGGGGCUGCUUCAUUUUACUUUCUUUUACCUAACAAAUAGUCCUGGGCUCAAUAGGACCUUUUUAAAUAUCCAUUUAUUACAACUCUUUAAUAUUUAAUAUCCUUUGAGUUUUUUGUUUUGUUUUACUGCUUAAUACGUAUACAAAAGCGGCUCACAAACUUUCUGUGAUGAAUUAAAAACAUAGAAAUUUAUAAACUUUAAGAAAAAUAGUGCUAGUUAACUUUUAUUUGACUGAAAAUAUCAGACUUUAAUAUUAACUAUCUUUUUCUACUUCUUAUUUUCGUAUCAUUAUCCUAACUUAAAUUACCUUUAGUAUUUUUUUGUAUCGCAUUGAUAAAAAAUUUUUUAAAAAAGAACUAAAUUCAAAAUUGCAUGGAUUUCGUCUGACUACCUUUUCUUAAAUAUUUACUAUGAGUAAAAAUUUCAAAACAAACUUUGCCCUUUCUUAAAUAAAAAUAAAGGUAAAAUAUAAACAUAAGUCUGUUGCUGAAAAUGUAAUUUUUAACAUAAAGCAAUAACUUCUUUAAUAAAUAUCAAAGUAUACAUAUGUUGAGUUACAUGCAGUUAUCUUGUGUAGUCUUCAAGAUAUAUUCAAAGAAACAUGAAACAAUCGAUAACGGAGAAAAAAACAUUCAAAGUUUCAGUAUUACUUGAAUUAUAACGAAGGGGGGAGAUAUAUAUUUCAGAGACAAGCUUAAAUUAUUUUUCCUAGUGGAAAAAAUUAGUUUUUAAAAUUAAAUAUAUUCCUAAUAUUUUAAAAUUCUAAAGCGUGGAUAUCCAAAAACUCACAAAAUAUUUUGAAAACUAAAAGCUCCUUUGAAAUGAACAAUAAUUUUUUUUGACAGAUAUCUUCUUUUUGGCUAUUUGUUGAUAAUUCUGUAAGUAUUUCUAUGGGUAUUUUUAAUCACUCUAUUAUGGAAAAACACAAUUACUGUUGUAUUUAACUGUUGAAUAUUUAUUUAAAAAUAUUCAACAGUUCAAUUAUAUUUAAUUCAAUACAUAUCUAAUUAAAAAUCUAUAUUUUCCUCUUAGACUAAUUUUGAAAUUGAAAUCUAUUUGCUUACAUAAAAAAAAUAUCAAUAAGGACUUCAAUAUCAAUAAAGACUGCAGGACUUCGAAUAUUUUUCUUAUGAAAAACAAAAUAUUUAUCAAAUAUUUGAUGAAAAACAAUUUACAUUUUCGGCUUGUAUAUUUAAUUCUAUAAUAUUUUAAAUAUUAUACAUUCAAUAAUAGAACAUAUCUAAUAACAUUUCUGGAUUUAAUGUUUAUAAGAUAGCUGUUUAAGCCUUGGAAAAGGAUUAACAUAUCAGCCAUUACGCACAAAGUGGUGACUAUGCUUUCUUAUAAGCAACACUCAUCCUUUGGAAGCUACAUUAAAUAUUUGAAAUACAUGAUUUAAUAUAUAAUAUAUAAUAAAUAUAAGCAGCACUCAUUAUUUGGAAAAUAUAUUGAAUAUUUCCAAUUUAUGAUUUAAAACAUAACAUUUUAUAAAAAUAACAUUUUAAAAAUAUAAGCAAUUUUUAUUCUUUAGAAGCUGCAUUACAUAUUUCAAAUUUAUGAUUUAAAAUAGAAUAUAUAAUAAAUAUAAGCAACACUCAUCCUUUGGAAGCUGCAUUAAAUAUUUCAAAUUUAUGAUUUAAUGUAUAAUAUAUAAUAAAUAUAAGCAACACUCAUUAUUUGGAAAAUGUAUUGAAUAUUUCCAAUUUAUGAUUUAAAAUAUAAUAUUUUAUAAAAAUAACAUUUCAUAAAUAUAAGCAAUUCUUAUUCUUUGGAAGCUGCAUUAAAUAUUUCAAGUGUAUGAUUUAAAAUAGAAUAUAUAAUAAAUAUAAGCAGCACUCAUCCUUUGGAAUCUGUAUUAACCAUAUCAAAUUAAUGAAUUAAAAUACAAAAUUUAUAGGAAACUAAUAAUCAAAUGCUUUGAUUUAUUUCGAAUCAAAAUGAUCAAAUAAUUUUGAUUCAUAGAACUGCGGAUAAUAUUGUAAAAACACCACUAAUAUUUGCUGAUAAAUUAUCACUACUGUUGGGACUUGAAGGAAAAUUUCCAGACAAUUAUUUGAUUAGAAAAAAUAAAACACUUUUUAAAAAAAAGCAAAAAACUUCAUGAAAAAAAGGUUACGAAAAUAUCUUUAUGUACUAAUUCAUUAUUUUUACUUUGUAGACAACGCUAAUUAAAUGAAUUUCAUUACUAUUUACACUUAAGGCUUUUUACUUUGAAUGUAUAUCCUAAGCUUAAUUUUAAGAUGUUAUUGAUGCUAUAUAUGUGUAUAAAUAUGAGAAAUAAAGUGUAUCUUCAUUGUUAUGAAUCUAAUGUUGCGUGUUAUUUUGAAAUAAAAUAUAUCUAAAGGAUUA